AUGUUACUACAAGAACUUCGAUAUAAAGACUAUUGGAAGAACCCUUCUAAAGAAUGGAAAUUUGCUACAUGGAAUUCUUUUUAUAAAAAAGAAAGACCAGGAUUAUUCCCAGCUAAAAAAAAUAGCUCUCUAGAAAUUAUAGAGGUUAUAGAUGCGAAACGAGAAAGAGAAGUUGCUGCUCAAACUGAGCAAGCUAGAUAUUUUGCUGAGCUAACUGAACAACAAAAUUUAAUGAACGCACAUAGCUCGACUUAA